GGGCCCUGGUACCGGGACCCCUGCAAAAGACCAUGGCCAAGGCCACGGCGACGCGGGCAGCUCCCGGAAGAGAGGACUGGAAGCCCACGGUGCUCUGAGUAGGAGCCCGGGCCUCAGACAAGCUGAGGCCACCCCUGGAGGCCAUGCAGUCUCGGAGUGGCGGGGCGGGCUGGGCCGCUUCGCACCUGCUACACCUUAUCCUUCUUUGCAGCUGCUGCUGCCUGAGUUUCUCACUACCCCUUGCAGGAUCAUUUACCCAGCUACCAAUUCCACACAACCAGAGAAUCCACCUCUAUAAUUUAGAGCAAGUUCUGAGCUGGGAUCCUGUCCCCAUAAGCAAGCUUACAAGCCCCGUGUUAUACAGCGUGGAGUAUCAUUACACGAGGAGUAAUUGGACGAAGGAGGCAAAUUGUACCAGAAUCGCAGAACCAAUAUGUAACUUCACAGCAGUCAGCCAACCACACUUCCAGCCUCAUUUUAACGUUACUUUACGUGUUAGAGCGGAGCUAGGAGAACUGGUUUCUGAUUGGGCAGUGACUCCUUGGUUUCAGCAUUACCUAAAUGCAACAAUUGGACCUCCAUCAGAUGUUAUUGUGACGCCACAUGAUGACUCUCUUAAGAUCAGAUUCAAGCCUCCCUUCAGAGCGGACUCUGGUAAAUUUCAGUAUUAUGUCCAUUACUGGGAGAAUGAUGGAAAACCAAUGGUCCAGGGCCCUUUCAACAGCCAAUCCAUCCAUCUGAAAGACUUAAAAGUCCCUGGGAAAUACUGUUUACAAGUGCAAGCAGAAUUGAUUCCUGACUAUGUGAUGUCACCUCGCAAAGGGCUAUUAAGUAACAUCUCUUGUCAUGAAACCUCAGCCAAGGCUUUAACUGAAGUUCAACAAACUUUAAUAAUAAUUUCUGUAUUUUUUACAUCAUUGCCUUUUCUGGUCCUCGGUUGCUACUUUGUGGCACAGAAAUUCCAAGGUCCAAUAAAGCAUUUUUUUCAUCCACCUCCAGGAAUCCCACCUCAAAUAAAAGAGUAUUUAAGUGACCCUGAUCAGCCUAUUUUAGAAGCCCUGGACAAGAAAUGCUCACCGGAAGAGCGCUGGGAUUCCUUAUCUGUUGUUUCUUGCCAAUAAGAGAAUCAAAACUAUAUUCAAUAGUAAUUUAAGUGACAGCCUUCACACAGGUAACGCCAAAAAGGAAAAUGACCUCAAGCCAAUAAACUGUGAAGAUGACUACCUAAACUUUACAGGGAUCCACUUUCCCGUAUUCCUCUCUAUCACAGAUGCCAUAUUUAAGGGUUUGGAACAAGUUUUAUUUUCUUUUUUAACUAAAGAUACAAUUAAUAAAUAGGUACUACUGGCAUUAUUCCAGUGACCAUUGAUUGUAAGUAGGUUCCUGGCUUAGAUGAAAACAAGAUGGUCCCUUCACAAAUGCCCCCCCCCAAAAAAAAACAACACUAAAUCUCUUAAAGCACAAAGUAUUUUGCAACAGCAUGCAUUACACAUCUACAUUGAGAAGCAGCAUAAUAUAAUGCUAAGAACUGCAGACUAUAAGCUGGAAUUAUUUCCAGUUUUGCCACUACUUCACUGGUUGAUCUCCAGGAUGUCUCUCCCUGCCUCAGUUCCUGUAAAAUGGAUUUGAACUAUGGGAAUCUUAAGGUUUUUUCUCCUCUAAAAUGUAUGUGUCCAACAGCUCUAUCAAGCCACCAUAUUCUUAGACUUGACUGUGGUUCCUUUCUCUUGGUUCUAAGAAAAUGUUAUGAUUUCACCUUGUAUGUAAAUAACUGUUAAUUAUAUUUUUUCUAAGUCAAGACAUUAUAUGGUUAAGCUUUUUUUUUUUUUUAAUCCUGUAUAAAAGCUAAUUUAUUUCCGUGUUUUCUGCAUUUUUUCUUCUCUGGUCUUCAGUUUACAUAUAAACAUGAUGCAGUUUUCUGUCUGGUAUCCAAA